ACCGCACCCUGAUAUUUAUUAAACCUUUGUCUUUCCCCUCCGAUACGAUUUGAUAUCCACACAACCCACGGGUCUGGGCUGCAAUAUUCGUCUCGCUUCUCCUCCGUAUCUCGUUUUGUCAGUCCGUAUUUUUAUAGACACUUGGCAAGCCACCGCUUACAGCUUGGGCGCUCUUUGUUCCUCAGCUUGAACGCUCAGCUGUAUUUUUCCGAAGCGUCCGUCUUGAUUCCACGACACAACCUCAGAAUGAGAAGUAUGAGGAGAAGUACAGUUGCUGCAGGCCUGUUGGCGCUUGCAUCUCGGGCGUGGGCUCAAGUUGCCAGUGUCUGCCCCUCGGACGAUGUCUGCUUCAAGCUGAACAUUCCGGACAGCACUGCAUCGUCUGGCGAUGGCGAUAUUUUCUUUCAAAUAUCGGCACCCAGCGACUACGAAUGGGUCGCACUCGGCCAGGGGGAUAGCAUGUCGGGAUCCAACAUCUUCGUUGUCUACACUGCUUCCGAUUCAAACGUGACGGUUUCACCGAGGCUGGGAACCGGCCAUCAAAUGCCCAAUUUCAAUGGGGAUGCGCAAGUCACGCUGCUCGAAGGAUCUAGCGUAUCGGGCGGAAAGAUGACAGCGAACGUGAAGUGUUCCAAUUGCAACAGCUGGUCAGGCGGCACUGCAGACUUCACCUCCGGGAGCGGCAACUGGAUAUACGCGUAUAAGUCCUCUGGCGGGCCCAAGGAUUCCACAGAUCAGUCCGCGAGCAUCAGCCAGCACAACGAGCGGGACGCUUUCUCAUGGGAUUAUGCUAGCGCAAAAGGAGGAAGUAGCGCCAAUCCGCUCGUCAACUCUGCGCCAUCUGGCACGGGAACCGGAAGUGGAGGUGCAAGCGUGACGAGCUGCGUGCCCCGGCCCACCUCCACCGGAUCGGGAUCGGGAUCAGCAUCAGGAUCCGGAUCAGGGACACCGACUACCGCGACUGACGACGAUGAUACUCAGACUCAGACGCUACCUCCAUGGGCAACUGGAACCGGCCGACGUUUUGGUCCCCCACGCGAGAAGCGGCACGAGAAGCGCCAGGACGACGUCAAUUACUGCGACGAUAAUUCGAACUCGAACUCGAACAACAACGCUGGCUUCACGCCCCUUCAUUCGGGUGGCGGGGCAAACCAAACGAAGAUGCUUAUUGCUCACGGGACGAUGGCAGCGCUCGCCUUUGUCAUCUUCUUCCCUGUCGGCGCCAUUGCCAUUCGACUUGCCUCGUUCACAGGGCUUAUAUGGUUCCAUGCUGCUUUCCAAGCUUUUGCGUAUUUGAUCUAUAUUAUUGCGUUCGGGCUCGGUGUAUACAUCGCCAAAGACUACGACCUUCUCGACGAGUACCAUCCGGUCAUUGGCAUUGUUGUUUUCAUCCUGCUCUUCUUUCAACCCAUUCUGGGCUGCAUGCAUCACGUGCUGUUCAAGAAGUAUCAGACCCGCACCUUCUGGUCUUACGCCCAUCUCUGGCUCGGCCGGAUCGUCAUCACGCUAGGCAUUAUCAACGGCGGCCUCGGAUUCAAGCUUGCCGACACGAUGGGAAUGGGAUCGAAGUCUGGCAUGAUUGCGUACUCGGUUGUUGCGGCACUGAUGUGGUCAGCCUGGGCUAUUGCUUCGAUUAUUGGCGAGAGGCGGAGGAAGACGGCGGCAAGGAACGCGCCGCCCAAGUACACCGACAGCCCACCGGUGGAGACUAGGCAGAGGGCGGAUAUUCCGCAUCCCGAGCAGGGGCAUUAUGCGCCCAGAUAGGCGUGGUAGAGUAGUGGAAGAAGGACAAAACGUUAGGCCGUUGGAGUAUUCUGGUUGAGGCAAAAAGGUAGCGAAUUAUAUCUUGUUAGC